UGUUGGUAGCUGCUCAGCCUGGAGAGAGAGUUUCAUAUAUAAAUAUAGUUUGGACAAAGAUGUGAGCUCCUGCUGCUACCCUCCUCCUCCUCCUCCUCCUCCUCCUCCUCCUCUGUAAUACUUAGACACAAGCGCUUACAGCCUCGGGGCGGAAUAGUUAAGAAGGUAUGUGAAGAAAGUCUUUUUUGGGACUUUGAAUGAACAAAAAGAAGAAAGAACAAGAGAGAAAGUAAGGAAGGGGGAAGGGAGGAAGACAAAGGUGGAGCUGGAUGAAGAGUGAGAGGGAAAAAGCAGGUGUUGCACGUCUUCUCUGCUGCCUAGAGGCACUGGACUCAAGGAGAUAAACGUGUACGACAAGAGAAGCGAUGAAGAGGCUGAAGAUCAGCGCCUCAAAUCCAGUCAGGCUAAGGCGGCUUGCCUCUGCAGUCGCUGCAGUUUUGAGAGGAAAUAAAAAGAAGAAGCAUGUAUAAUCAGCUAAAAACAUCCCUCAGAUCUGUCACUCCGCCCACCACUUACAAGCAUUUCAUUCUUUCAUUUCAUUCACUCAGCCAGACGCCUGGGAGCAGGAGGCACGUUCACUCUAUUUGGACAAGAGGCUCAACUUCUCCUGAAAACUCCUUUAUGAGCAGGAUUCCUUCCAUUCUUCUGUCUCUGAUGGUUCUGAGAGGAACCAAGAGCUGAGAGAAGAGCCGCGGCACAUUUAGAGAGCGGGCUUUGCCCCAAAGGAGACGGGAGACAAAUAAAGACGGGUAGCGAUAAUCUGCACAGCUGCUGGCUGAGAACAGAUAACGGAGCCUGGAGGUGUGAAGGACAAGAAGAGGACGACCAAGGCUGGAGAGGAAGUCAGACACUUGAAAGGGAUCAUUCAAGUCGAAGGCCACCGAGGACACAGAGACAACGUGAGGACAAACCCAAACAGGGACACCUGACAUCAUCCCCGAGCAGGAAUGGAGGAGCAGCAGGAGAAGAAGUUCCUCUGAAGAGAAGCGAAGGAGCGCCAGACACAAAGCGAAGGUGUCGGUUUCCUCAUCAUGGUUUAUUCAGGUUGUGUCCCUGACUACAACACGCUGCAUCGGAAAAACAACUUUGUCCCCAGAUACAAUGAAGACAGGGACACAGACGUGCCCGCCUGAUCUGUGAUCACCUUCCUCUUCCUCCUAAACUUCAGCCGCCCCCACUCUCUGUGCUGGUGUCUCCUCUCCCCCUCUCCAUCCCCUCACUAUGUGGAUACCAGCUGUGCUCCUAUGGAUGCUUAAUACCAGCUACUUGUGCUCAGGACAAGACUACACCGACUACUACCGAGCUGCAGGCAUGGGCACAGAGCCACCAAAAGAGUCAGAUGAUCAGCCUAGCUUGGACGCCGUCACCAGCAUGGAUCAGCUUCUGCAGCUCCUCUACCCAGAAUACAGUCUGCUGCAGAACUGCAUGAGGAAGAAAUCCUGGCACGCCUCCUCUUCCUUCUCUUCUUCAUCAUUCUCCACCUCAUCAGCAAGCCCGUUGGUCCACUCUGGCGAUGAUAUGUGGGUUCAGCUGCGGGAGGAGGCUCUUUACAAAAUGGACACGACUUUAGAAGUCAUCCUUGAGGAGAUCCACCGAACCUCCUGCCAGCCGAGGGAGGUGUGCAUUGAGGUGGCCAAAGAGUACCCAGAGUCCACCAGUCAGGUAUACAUCCCUCGCUGCGUGGCGCUGCAUCGCUGUGGUGGUUGCUGCGGCAACGAGGCGUUUUACUGCACCAACACCAGCUACACGCUGGUCAACAAGACGCUGAUGGAGCUGUCUCCUCCCAGGAUGGACCGCUCGGUUGCCAUGGUUACCUUCAUCAACCAUACCUCAUGCGAAUGCCUCUCCAAACGGCCGCUUCACUCCGUCAUAAGGCGAGCAGCGGCAGAUCACCUGUGUUCCCCUCCAGACCUCCCCUGUGCCCCGGGGUCAUUGUGGGAUCCGGUGAGCUGUAUGUGUGUGUCUGCAGACACCGUUAGCUACUCUCAGAGGGAAACAGAGGCGCUGGACUCGAGGCUGCUGGCUCUCUGCGGACCCAACAGGGUUCUGGAGGAAUCCAGCUGUGAGUGUGUCUGUCAAAACGGCCUGACGGAAGCCAGCUGUGAUCCAGGCUGGAAACUGGACCAGAACACCUGUGAAUGCCAGUGUGAAGGGCAAGGUGAGGGACGGCCGUGUCCCGCCGGCCAGCGAUGGGACGACGACUUAUGUGGUUGUGUGUGUGCCGUUAAAUGUCCAAGGAAUCAGCCCCUGAACCCUGAAACGUGCCUGUGUCAGUGCAGGGAGAGUCCACAGACGUGUCUGCGACAGGGCAAGAAGUUCAACCCCAAAACCUGCAGUUGUUACAGGCCUCCGUGCAAACAUACCAGACGAGCGUGCCAAGAUGGGUUUUACUACAGCUACCAUGUCUGUCAGUGCAUCCCCAAAUACAUGAGGUGGAAUUAGGCAGAAAGGUCAAGUGGACGAUGACCAUUGACCUCUGCCUUCUUACCCUGAACGUGUGGGAAUGAUGAUGGAAGUGAUGGUGGUGGUGGUGGGGAAGGGGGGGUCUUUUCAUCACUUUUCCAGGGAAACAUCACAAAGCUCGAUCAAGGAUGGUUAAACGAAAAGGCAGACAAGUCUCACAUAUAAGAGAGAGAGCGGACUCUCGGGAACAGUAGCUUUUCCCUUUCUUCCAAACACUUCUCACCUGGAAACCCCCUCAAAGUUGCUUGUGAUGUUCGACAAGGCAGGAGGGACCCAAUCCAUGCAGGACGGGCAUUUGCCCCACCGAGGCGUGUUGCAGCAAGAAGAACGCUAACCAUCGAGCCGCCGUGGAGCUUACGCCUUUGUAAAAUGGAAUGUGAAACCAGAUAAUAAUAGUCCACUUUGAGCUUUUCCAAAAUAAGUUAAAUAAUCUUCAGGUGAUGUUGCAUGUUUGAUGACUAGAGAGAACAUACGAGACUGAUGUGUGCUGCAUAUACCCACCGCCGCCGCCGAAGCCAGUUUAAACUGAACAUUUGUUCACUUUGUUGCUCUGAUUUACUCUCAGCAUAAAAAGAUCUCCAUCUAACUUAUCUUCACAUACUCCAAGUGUUUUAUUUGGUUUUCUUCGUAUUUCAAACAGUGACAUUCUGACUGAAUUGUAGGUAGUUGUAAAAUAUUGUAUUUAAAUCACUAUAAGAACUCCAGAACAGCUGUUGUUUUCAAAUGGAAAAAAUUCACGACUCUUUAUUCAAGUGGAAAAUCGGAAUUACGACUUUGCCUGCACUGAUGUAUAUUCAUGUGAAUAAACCAAUGACAGUCACCUAA